AUGACAACCGACACAGAGCCCGAGAAGCCAACCCCGCCACGGGCGCCCUCCCCAUCCCUAACUCCCGCAGCCGACAACAUCAACCCCAACACCAUAACCAAAACCAACACCGCCGACGACCCCUUCACAUCACGUCGCGCCGGUGUCGACUCGGCCGAUGUCGUCUACCCAAAGGGCAUCAAGCUUGUCCUCAUCAUCGCCUCGCUCUGUCUCUCCGUCUUCCUCGUCGCCCUGGACCAGACGAUCAUCGCGCCCGCUCUUGGCGCCAUCACGAAUGAGUUUGCGUCCGUCAAAGACAUCGGCUGGUACGGUGCCGCGUACCUGCUCACCACCACGGCGCUGCAGCCAACGUACGGCUCCCUGUACCGCAUGUUCAGCGUCAAGUGGACCUUUCUGGCGGCCGUCUUCAUCUUUGAGGUCGGCAGCCUGAUAUGUGCCGUCGCGCCGACGAGUACCGCCUUCGUCGUUGGAAGGGCUGUCGCCGGCAUCGGCACGGCCGGCUUGUUCUCGGGCGGCGUGGUCAUUCUGUCGUAUACGCUCCCGCUGAGGCAGCGGCCCAUGGCGUUUGGGCUGAUUGGCGCCAUGUGGGGGGUUGCAAGCGUGGCUGGGCCGUUGCUGGGCGGUGCCUUCACCGACCAUGUUACGUGGCGGUGGUGCUUCUACAUCAACCUGCCGAUCGGCGGGGCGGCCAUGUUCGCCAUCUUCUUGUUUUUGCAUAUCAAGAAGACUGGGGAGAAGAGCACCAUGACGGUGGUGCAGAGGAUCUUGAGCUUGGAUCUGCCCGGAACGGCCAUGCUGGUGCCGUCGAUUGUGUGCCUACUGCUAGCGCUGCAGUGGGGAGGGACGGAGCACGCGUGGAACAGCUCCGUCAUUAUCGGCUUGUUUGUUGGGUUUGCUGUGAUGUUGAUCACUUUCAUUGGCAUUCAGAUCUGGAAGGGAGACAAGGGAACGCUGCCGCCGCGCUUGUUCAAGAACCGCGACGUCGUGUGCGCUAUGCUGUUCACCUUCUUCUUCGGCGCCGCGUUCUUCCCCCUGAUUUAUUACCUGUCCCUGUACUUCCAAGCCAUCCAUGGCGACAGCGCCGUGCAGGCCGGCAUCAAGAUCCUCCCAAUGCUGAUUGCCGUCGUCAUCACCUCUGUUGCCGCUGGAGGCCUGAUCACCGCUGUUGGGUACUACAACCCCUUCGUUCUGCCGUCCAUGGUCUUGUUUACCGUCGGAUCCGGCAUGAUCACCACCUUUGCGCUCGAUAGCCCGCUCCGUGUCUGGUUCGGAUACCAAGUCCUUGCUGGUAUGCCCUUCCGCGGUUUCCCUUACCCCGCUAACCCAAUUCAAGGUCUCGGAAUUGGCGUCGGCUUCCAGACCGGUGUCCUCGUCGUCCAAAAUAGCGUGUCCCACGAAUGGAUACCGCAGGCCACGGCUUGCGUACAAUUCUUCCAGUCCAUGGGCGGAGCCAUUUUCAUCGCCGUGGCCCAGACCGUCUUCCAGAAUGGUCUGAUCGAGGGUAUCGAGCGCGACGCGCCCGGCAUCCCGCCGCAAAUUUUCAUCAACAGCGGCGCGUCCCAGAUCCCCCAGGUGCUGCAGCAUCUGGGUGCCACGCAGUACUUGACGGCCGUGCUCACCGCCUACCUUGACGGCCUUCGCAACUCAUACUUCAUUUCAGUCGCGUGUGCUGCCGCCGCCUUUGUGUCGGCGUGCGGGCUGAGCUGGAAGAAGAUUCAGAAGCAGAAGGCGGCCGGUCCCGGUGAAGGGGAGGCUGAGAAGGGCGAGGUGAAGGGUGAUGCGGAUGGGGAGAGCGCCCAUUAA